GCCAUAUUACUUUUGACAGUCUAUAGGAUAGAGUGAGAGAGGUUUAAUGCCGUACAACGUUGUCACUCUGUUGUAAACUGCCAACUUCCGGUUUCACUCCCCUCGAGGGAAUGCUUGGUCUAGUUAUAUACGUCAUUGUUCAUGACACCAUAGAGUCAGUAUUGCAGUAAAUAAAGGAACGCACCCUCCGUGGAAAACGAUCGAUUGCGCGCAAGUUCUGUGCGCGUGCAGCAGUGCGCAGCGUGCAAGAGGCAACGGUAAGCGAAUUGCGCGUGCCCAGGUUCCGGAUCAAUGCCAUACGAAGACGAAGAAGGAAGCAGCGCCGCCGAACCAAUAGGACGCUUCCGUCUCACCGCGGAAGCUUCUUCGUCAGCCAUUUCAGCUCCGUUCGCCGGUUCCUGUGGGUUGAGUCUGUGGAUCUACCGUGCUGUCGAGUCGAGCGCGUUGUUCGCUGGCGAGUCCCGUCGCUCGCGCGGCAGCGUUCGUAGUUUGCACGAGGGCCAAGUCCACUAGCUCGACCACCGCUGCCGCCGACAUCGCCGCCACCACCGCCACUGUCGCUGUCGACACUGUUGUUGCUGCCACCGCCAGCCGACACCAAUCGUAAUAUAUCUUAACAUCGUGCAACUUCAGAGCUCAACGGAAUUCUGUCGUCGACUGACGCGAGUCUCGACGCCUUCUGACAUCAGGAUGUAUACCAACGGAUACUCCGCGCACAGCAGGGUGAGGUUUUUAUCAGUUAUAGGCCGAGGGGGAAUCGAGAUUAUGGCAACCGCAAUGGUGGAAGUGGAGGAACUUAUUGGAACAGUCAACAGCAGAACCAGAAAGAUUAUGGCACAAAGAAACAGAAUCACAGGAAGACUCCAGGGGAUUUGCUCAAAAAACCUAACUGGGACCUGGCUGCACUGCCCUCAAUAAAGAAGAACUUGUAUGCUCCCCAUAUCAAUGUCUUGAAUAGAACACCUGAUGAGAUCAACAAGUAUCAUGCAGGCAAGGAGAUCACUGUUAAGGGCAACAACACACCUUCUCCGAUCCAGGCCUUUGAGGAGAGCAACUUUCCAGACUAUGUGAUGGAAGAGAUUAGGAAGCAGGGAUUCGCUGAACCUACUGCCAUACAAGCUCAAGGUUGGCCAAUUGCACUUAGUGGACGAGAUCUUGUUGGAAUAGCUCAAACUGGAUCUGGAAAGACCUUAGCAUAUAUCCUUCCGGCGACUGUACACAUCAACCAUCAACCUCGCCUUAGCCGCGGCGAUGGUCCGAUCGUUUUGAUUCUUGCUCCCACACGUGAACUGGCUCAACAGAUCCAGACAGUCGCACGUGACUUUGGUUCAUCGUCUUGCAUCCGUAACACCUGCAUCUUUGGCGGUUCGCCGAAAGGGCCUCAGGCUCGCGAUCUUGAGCGCGGAGUGGAAAUCUGCAUCGCGACGCCUGGUAGACUGAUCGAUUUCCUCGAAAAAGGCACUACGAACUUGCGCAGAUGCACAUACCUGGUACUAGACGAGGCCGAUCGCAUGUUGGACAUGGGCUUCGAACCGCAGAUUCGCAAGAUCAUCGAACAAAUCAGACCUGACCGGCAAGUGCUCAUGUGGUCUGCCACUUGGCCCAAAGAGGUGCAGGCUCUUGCCGAGGACUUUCUCACUGAUUACAUCCAGAUCAACAUCGGUUCUUUGACCUUGGCAGCCAACCACAACAUCCGGCAAAUCGUCGAGAUAUGUCAGGAACAUGAAAAGGAGACCAAACUGUCGCAGCUGUUGCGCGAGAUUGGGACAGAACGUGGCAGUAAAAUGAUCAUCUUCGUAGAGACGAAGAAAAAAGUGGACGACAUCACGAAGGCGAUUAAGCGCGAAGGUUGGUCCGCCAUUUCGAUCCACGGUGAUAAGUCGCAGCCGGAGCGCGAUUACGUGCUGUCGGAAUUCCGCAACGGCAAAACCAUGAUCUUGGUCGCAACCGAUGUGGCGGCACGCGGUUUAGACGUCGAGGACGUGAAAUAUGUCAUCAAUUUCGACUAUCCCAACAGCUCCGAGGACUACAUCCACAGGAUCGGCAGAACUGGCCGCUGCCAAAGCGCAGGCACCGCCUAUGCUUACUUCACGCCAAACAACGCGAGACAGGCAAAGGAGCUGAUCGCAGUGCUGGAAGAAGCUGGUCAAGCUAUUAAUCCGCAGCUAGCAGACAUGGCGAAUUCCAUCAGGAACCAGUACGGCAAAGGGCGGCAACGAUGGAGCCAUGGACGCGGCAACAAAGAUAACAAUUCCCACGGAAGUCCCAGAAAUAACAUCAGUCCGACUAUAAGCAACUGGCAGAGCCAGCAUAUACCGCAACAAAUGAAUCAACACCUACAUCACAGUCAACAGGCUAAUCAGGAGAAGGCUAUAGCGCGUCAUCAACGCAACGGUGGUGGUGGUGGUGGCAGCAGCGGCGGCGGCGGUGGCAGUGGCGGCGGUGGUUACCAAACCAAUCGCCAAAACAACUAUCAACCGCAGCAUUCUUAUCAACAGCAACAUCAGCAACGACAGCCCACUUCCGGUUACCAGAACGGCUAUCAGACUGCUAGCAAUGCGUGUCAGCCUACUCAUCAGACCAACAACAGCGCACCUAGAUAUCAAGGCAGGACCGGAUACCAGGGUAAUCGCUUCCACAAUCGACAGAAUGGCUUCAGCGGCGGCCAGAACGGACCCAAUGUAUAUUCUAUGCCGCCGCCCUUCAUGAUGCCAUCCGGCGGCCCUACUGACUCUGGAAUUCAGAACCUCGUGAGCAACAAGUUCUUCCAGACGAACCGACCGCCCCCAAACGCCGGCGCCUGCGCUUAUCAAUCGAUGGGCUAUGGCCAGUUUCAAGCCAUGCCGCCGUACGGAUAUCCGUACCCUCCUACUCCGGUGCAGCAGUGACGCCUCCCGCGAUGCAAGAUCGCCGGUGUACGAGAUAAAUAAGUAAGUAAGUCAGUCCCGCCUAUCGGGCAUCAUUGGGUCCCUAUUGGUGUGACAGCGGGCCCAAUUCGGCUAUGGUAGACUGUCGGUAAUAAUUAACCAGCUCGUAGAAUUUACGGAAGUUUCAUUUUGGAGUUUGAGAAUUCUCUGGAAGAGUUCAGCGCUUCAAUCAUUUCGAGAGAAACGACUGUGGGAAUUUCAACAGCGUGUCUAGAGAAAUCAAUAUUGCGUUUUUAUGGGGAAAAAAAGAAUGAGGGAAACGAGAAAAAAUUGUGCUAUUUCUUCCGAGAUUUCCAAGAGAAAUAGAAGGAUCGUAGAAAAUUUGUUUUCCGUUCGAAGUCGUGAUCGAAUGUCUUGCCUCCAUAGAAAUUUCCGAUCAACAUUGAAAUUUUAGAGAAUCGACAGUCUACUGUUAAU